CAGACCACCACACUCCUCUACCUCACAAGUUCGUUCCUUUCGAAUCCGUUUCGUGCUUUCCUCUCUCUGUAAAUUUCCCCUCACAUUUCUCACUCUCCAUGUCUCCAUCACAAUACUUUACAAUCAAACGCUCACAGAAUCGUACGUCUUCUUCUUCGGCCACUAUGGUUUGUGGCAAGCUUGGAAUCCCACCAACCUCAUCUGGAUUGGAGGGUUAAUGGAGGUCGAGAGGGUUAUGCAAUUGAUGUUCCUAUGUUGUAGAAUGCAAAGCAGGAGAGUCGCACUCGUGGGUGGGAACCACACAGCCUCCAGAUUUUGCACUCGCUAGAAGAAAAGGUUCCAGAUUUUUGUGGAAUCGUAAGCUUAGUUUUGUUUUUUUUUUUUCCCGUUCGUCGUUGUGAUUUCUUCGAUUUCUGCAUCUGGGUCUUCUCUUUUGCUGCGAAUUGACCCAAUCUUGAACUUCUUGUACACCCGUACUUGCAAUUCUUGUAAAGGGGUUUAGCUCUGUGGGUUAGGAAUUAAUCGUCGCAUGAAAGAAAUGGAGAUGGUUUAUGGGUAUAAUCGACGCAAAAAUGGGAGCAAGAUCAAGUGCUUUCAUGGUAGACCAAGAACUCCUUUGAAUCCUGAUACUGUUUUAGUACUAAAGAUUCCUGAUGUACAGAUCUUGCGUAUUAUGUCUCGUUCACUGUUUUUGGCUAUGGCUCUUGUCACGUUGCCUUUCUUGGGUUCCAUUCUCAAGGGAUUGUCUUCUUCAUCAGGCCUUCUCAGAAAGGACGAUAAGGCUCUUGUUAUAACCCCUCCAAAUGGAUUUCGGGAUGUUGUUCCAUUCAACAAUGAAAUUGAAGUGUUUCUGGGCCCUGAUUUGGAGAGAAAAAUCUCAAUCCCUAAUGAGUCAUUUGACUUUGUGUUCAGUUCUGCUUCUGAAGAUGCUGCAUUUAUUGAUCGCAUUCUGAAAUCUGAUGGCAUUGUGGCUCUUCCAUUAGGCACUAACCCAUCAAAUGCUUUCAAAGAGAAACCAAAUUACAGAGUUGUGUAUCUCCAUACCUACAGUUCUAUCAUAGUUGCACUGAAGAAAACUGGCCCUGAAACUUCAUCAAAGAGAAAGCUUUGCCAAUUGGAAAUAGAAGCCAAGAAGGUGGUUCUAAAUGGUCUUGAAGAUGUCUUUCUUGAGCCACCAAAAAAGUCUCUAGUGAAAUCCAACAAGUACUUGAAGAAAAUCAAGUACCUACCCAACUUGAUGGGUAACUCUCUUGAAGGAUACAAGCGAAGAGUCUUCAUCGGUAUAGGUUUGCCUGAAGAAAACAAAGGCGCGAUUGAAUGGUUCAAAAAGAACUACCCAAAGAGCAAGCAUUUCGAGAUUCACAGUCUCGAAAUUGAACCGAAAGACCAGUCUGUUCCCCAAACAGAUGUGUUUUCUUGGUUAGCUAAUCAUGUGAAGGAAGAAGACUUUGUGGUGAUGAAGGCAGAAGCAGAGGUAGUGGAGGAGAUGAUAAAGAAGAGAACAAUCUGCAUUGUGGAUGAACUGUUCCUAGAGUGCAAGAAUGAAUGGUGGAAAUCUGGGAAGAAGAGGAAUAAUCACAGAGCUUAUUGGGAAUGCUUAGCUUUGUAUGGAAGACUCAGAGAUGAAGGAGUUGCAGUCCAUCAAUGGUGGGGUUGACAGAUUAAUCGAGAGACUCAGAUAACAUAUCAGAAACACAGGACAUAACAUAUCACAGAUUAUAUGAAUGGGGUUUAAUUAGUAUUAUUAUUAAUUAACCUGCAAAAUGGGUUUCUCCGAUCAUAUGAAUUUUUGCAGUAUUUACAUGGUGGGCUGUUGAUGUUGUUCUGUGUUUGUUUGCAUAUGUUUCUAGGUUUGAAUUUGAAUUUGAAGUUGUGGGUGAGGAAAAAUUUGGAGUGUAAUGUGGAUGUAGUUGACGUUGAUCAAUUCAAUCAAUUAUGGAUUGUCUUCCUGUGUUCUGUAUGGUGCAAAAAUGAUGUGACAAGGCUUAUAAAUAAAUAAAAAGGAUCCUUUUUUUUUUUUUU